AUGGAAGGUACUAAAGUAACUGUCAGAAAAACUAAGAAAAAGCAGGUUAAACACGAGCUCGACCGAAUUAAGCAGGCCGAGAAGAAAAAGAGGCGGCUCGAGAAGGCCCUUGCCACGUCAGCUGCCAUCCGUUCGGAACUUGAGAAAAAGAAGCAGAAAAAGAAGGAAGAACAAGAAAGGCUCGAUGAGGAAGGUGCUAGAAUAUCCGAGGCUGUUGCACUGCACGUUUUACUCGGUGAGGAGGACUCGGAUGACUCGUGUAAUAAUAACAUUAAUCUGGAUAAGGAUGAUGACAUCAUCAUGGGACGGAGACAAUCUUUGAUCCCUUUUCGUGAUUUGUCUGAAUAUUCGCCACUUGGGCAAAUGGAGAAUUACUGGGAAAAUUCGAACUUUAUGGUCUCGUCUGGUUCUUCUUAUGUGGGGGGCUUUUGUUGCUAUCAGUUUUUUGGAGAUGAUGUUUGGAGCUCGAUCGGUAAUCUUACUGCUCGUGCAGAGACCUCACUUAAGAUUGCUGAUGAUGAUGGUGCUUAUGUGUUUAAUCAUUUGUCUGAGUGA